GACCAGGUUACGGGGCGGGGACUAAAGCUGUGCAGAGCCGGGAGGCAGGCAGAGCGUCUCUCGCCACAGCUGUGCUCCGCUCUUUGUCGGGUCUUUCUCUGCUCUCUCUGCGUUUUUCUAUCCGGCAGAAGGAUACAAAGACAGCAUGAAAUAGAGACAGAGCAUGAGAGCGGCGGGGGCAGCAAAGGGACACGAGAAAAACAAAACAAAAUAACCGGACUAUAGUCUAGUCCAGACACGGAUACUAUUAUCUCCAGACUGGAUACACAGCUCCGCCGAUGUACGCACUGGAUUUUACCCACCAAAGAGUGUCGAGACCGGGGACAGAGGGGCGGACUUUAUCGCGCAGGACUGUCGGGGUUUAGGCGAGGGGAUCAUGGAUAAAACUUUGCACAUUCUCCAGAAAUCCACAGACGGUGUACCGACUGGGAUCUCCCUGGAUAUGAGUUUAAACAUGGACGAAGGGGAAGAUUUCACGGAGCAGCAGAUAGUGGGGCUCCCGGACAAGAUACCUCUUGUGAAACCUUAUUUCAAAAAGAAGCAGAGGAAAUUAGAUGCCAAAUGCCUCCACCGAGCCCUGGAGGAUCCUUUACUGACCACUUUACUGAGCACGGACACGCUUGUCUCCGGGGAUGGGGUGUUUGUUCCCCGGAACCAACCGGGCAGGACACCGGGGAACCUGUGCGCGGCGGCCGUGGUGAAACAGAACUGCAUGGGCCAAGUGUGUCUCAAAGACUCGGGAGCUGCUGAUGAUGCCACAGCUGGAGCUGGAGUACCGGGGUUGAUGACCCGUGAUGGUGAUGUGGAAAUAGCCGAUACUACUGCGGAGCUGGAGGAGACGGAGCGGCGAGGGGAGCGACCCAAGAUCACCGAUCCAACCCCCGACAGCCGCUGCUUUCAGGCAAAACCUGGCCUCAGGGCGGCUGGGAGCACAGUGACAAUAACGUCCCCCAGCAGGGAUACACCUCCCAUAGUUGUACCCAAGGCUUCUCACCAGGAGUCAGGCAUCAAAAGCAAUGACCUCUUAACCUCUGGGGCUAGAAACCUUCCAGUCAAAGACUGCAGCAGUGUCCAGGACCCCCAUCCACUAAUCCUGCAGCCCGACAAAAGAGUGCUAUUUCAGGAUAAAAGUGAGGAGGCCUCCCUGGAUCUGGUUUUUGAACUGCUCACCCAGCUCCAGUAUCACACACACCAGUCAGACUCAGUAGACAUUUGUGUGGAUUUCCUCCAAGGACAAUGUGUUUAUGGCAACGACUGUGCCCACCACCACACCGUCCUGCCAUUCCACUGGCAGAUCCGCAGAAGCAGCACUCAGACAUGGCAGAGCAUAGCGGACGACUCCCAGGAACACCUGGAGAGACUGUUCUGCAACCCGGACAAUGAGCAAGUCAGGCUCAAGUUUCAGGGUCGAGUGUUUUCUUUAGACUUUGGGGCGAUGCAAGUGUGUGACCUGGAGUUUGACCGCGUCCGGCGACUGACCAGCCCUGCCAGUCCUCUACCCAUUUCCACAACGAACCCAAACCCCACCCUCAGCUGUCACACAGUGUGGAAGUACUACUGCAGAGACAACUUUGGCUGGAGGGAAUACUCCGAGCCGGUGGUGAAACUUAUAGAGGAGGCGAGUUCGAGGGGUCUCAAGGAGGUUCGAUUCAUUACGCUCCAGAACCAGUAUAUCCUCAACAUCAGGGAGGGCUUCCAGCAGAACGCGGUCUUUGGGUUCAGACGUCAAAUCAAGAAGCGGCCAAUGUUCAUGUCCUCCGUGAUGCUCACGCCCCACCUGCAGACUUUGAGCGGCCUCUCUUCAUCUCCCCUCCCCUGUUCCUCCUCUUCCUCUUCCCCAUCCAUGGAUCUCUCCACGUCGCAUCCCCUCUCGCCGACGACUACCAACCCACCCAGCCUUUUUCCGGAAACAUGGCUGCCAAUGACGAUGAGCCAAGACUUCCUGCAGGUGCCAGUCUCGCGUGAAGACCGGAGCUACCGGACAGUGUACAGCCUUUUCCACAAGACAGUGUCGGAGACCAAGUUCAGGAUCAUCAAGAUCCAGCGUGUGCAGAACCCCUUCCUCUGGGAGAAGUACAAGAGGAAGAAGGAGUACAUGUCACGGCGUAUGUCAGAGAUGGACCGGCUGCUGAGCGAGCGCCACCUCUUUCACGGGACCUCGGCCGACGUGGUGGAGGGCAUCUGCAAGCACAACUUUGACCCACGAGUCUGUGGCAAACACGCCACCAUGUUUGGCCAGGGCUCCUACUUUGCCCGCAAGGCCGUCUACUCCCACAACUUCUCCAAGCGCUCGCCCAAAGGAGUCCACUGCAUGUUCCUGGCCAAAGUCCUCACUGGCAGGUUUACCGUUGGAAAUCCCUCCAUGCGGCGACCUCCACCCAUCAACCCCCGCGACCCCUCCAGUGACCUUUUUGACUCCUGUGUGGACAACUGGGUGGACCCCCAGAUCUAUGUCAUCUUCAACGAUGACCAAAGCUACCCCUACUUUAUCAUUCACUACGAGGAGGUACCGAGCACUGUCGCUGUCUAACGUCCCUGGAUCAGACCUGGAGCUGUCUGUAUUUGCACAUACUUACUCAUAGUUUGUUUUAGUCUGUCGAGGUGCAAGAUGGGUGUGGUUUUCCGUUUAAGAUGAAAAGGAACAGAAAUUUAGAUGGCUGUUGCAACUCUAUUGGAAUGAGACUAAACUUCACCCAUCUGCUGUGCCGAACAGAUUAAAACAGUCUAAGACAGAUUGGCAAAUACUCAACGAUUUAGGUCUGCUGUCAACUGGAUCCAACCAGACUGGACUGCAGACUGGUCCAGACCGGAGUAAACUGGACAAAACUGGACUAGCAAAGGACGGCACCUGUUUCAUCCAGUGUUCAGAAGUGGAUGACAACUGACAACAGCUGCAACCACAACAGACUUGACUGGACUCGUAACAUCACGCUUUGUUAUCUAGUAUAAACUGGAGCUUUUUGUGGUGAUCAUGGGACACAAGAGGAUUUUAUCUACCUUAUUGAUCUGGAGUGGAUGCAGGAAAAAAAAAACCUAGUCCUCUUAUCAUUUUGACUUAGUCGUAUGGCUGUAUAUGAACUCAGUUCCACAUCAGGACAAAUGCUUUAGUAGACAGAGUCCUGCCAGUACUGUGAAUGACCAACUGGCCGUAUUAUUCAGAGGAAGCAGCAACCAACCAAUCGAACGCUUCCAUAGAGAAACCAUGGUGAUGCUGACCCCUGUCAUUCUCUUACAAAAAUCAUAGUGAGUGUUUACCCAGCCUCUGGCCCAUACAUUUGUUUGUUUUUUCCAAGUCUAUGUGCUGCGUGUUUGAAUCUUUUAAUUUAGUGGACAUGAAUCUUGUGGCCUCUUCAAACAGACAAUGGACAUGAGUUUCAGUGGGACUUUUACAAAUGGACAUCCACGUUAUUGUGAACCUCCAGGCAGAGGUUUCACAUGAAGCUAGUGCUGUUCCCGGGUUGGCGUUUUUUUUGCCUUUGCGCCCACCGCCUUGGUUCCUCGCGGGGGCUACAAGAGUGUACGGUUUCCCGCUGAGACUGUGCUGCAGCGGCGGCGCUGUAGCAUUUUUGUCAACACAUCCCCUGAAACUCAUCUCUCUUGGACCGCUCUCUCGCUCAGAGACAGUAGACACGUUUUAUUGAGACAAACUGUACAGACGUUCUCUUUGUUUAUAUUUGAACUGUGUGCCUUUUGUUCAUAAAAAUUUUAUUUAUGUUAGUUUAAUGUAACAUUGAUUAAAUAAAGAAUCUAAAAGAAAAAAACGAC